AGAACUUACCACCAGGAUCACUGAGCUGCUGAGCGGAGAGGUUCCUAUGAGGUGUCAGGAUGUCACUGUCUAUUUCUCCAUGGAUGAGUGGGAGUAUUUAGAAGAACACAAGGAUCUGUACAAGGAUGUCAUGAUGGAGAAUCACAAGCCACUCACAUCACCAGGUGAAGAAAGGAUGAACGACUCCCAUGGACAUCUCCAUUUAUCUUCCUGUCAUGAAGCAGAAGAUAACAAUACCACACAAGCUAAUUCAAUAACUCAUAAUGUACCCUCAGUUCUUCACAGCGGAGAUCUAUCCACUGACAUCGCUGGUCACUGGAAACCUUUAUCUGAUCAAUCACUGAUUGGCAAACAAAUAACUAGACAUAAAUGGGAGGAAAUAUUUUCAUGUGGGAAACAAUUUAAAAAGAAAUCUAAUCUUUCUUUGCAUGAGAGAAAUCACAGAGAUCAAAGGUCAUUUUCAUGCUUAGAAUGUGGAAAAUCUUUUACCAGGAAAUUCAUUCUAAUAGAACAUCAGAGAAUUCACACAGGCGAGAAGCCGUAUUCAUGCUCAGAAUGUGCCAAAUGUUUUAGUCGCAAAUCAGAUUAUGAUAGACAUCAGAGAACUCACACAGGAAAUAAGCCAUUUCCGUGUUUAGAAUGUGGAAAAUGUUUUAUUCAAAAAUCUGAUUUUGAUAGACAUCAGAGAACUCACACAGGGGAGAAGCCGUUUCCUUGUUCAGAAUGUGGGAAGCGUUUUAGUCAGAAAUCACAUCUUGUGGAACAUCUGAGAGUCCACACAGGAGAGAAGCCAUUUUCAUGUUCUGAAUGUGGAACAUGUUUUACCCAUAAAUCUGCUGUGCUUCAUCAUCAGAGAACUCACAAAACAGAGAAGGCAUUUCUAUGCUCAGAAUGUGGAGCAUGUUUUGCCAAUAACAUAGCUCUUCUUGAUCAUCAGAUUUCACAAUGUCAAACUCAAACAGGAAAGAAACCAUUUUCAUGUUCUGAAUGUGAGAAGUGCUUUAUUCGGAAAUCAUCUCUUGUGGAACAUCUAAGAAUUCACACAGGAGUGAAACCAUUUUCAUGCUCUGAAUGUGGGAAAUGUUUUAGUCAAAAAUUAUAUCUUCAUAGACAUCAGAGAGUUCACACAGGAGAGCUCUGGUCAGUUGCCACCACGGCUUCUGAGGCACCCUUCUCCAGAAGCGUGCGCUCCGGGGGCAUGAACAGCUCAGCUUCUCCUGUUCCGAGAUCCAAGAAUCCACUUUAUGGCAAUCUCAGGGCUUCAGAAGGCUCCGAGGCCACAGAAAAGUUCCUAUGA